AUGCUUUCUAUUUUACGAAAAGCGCGGCUGAAGGAUAAGGAGAUGAGGAUACUGAUGCUGGGUAGGAGAGGAUAUACCGAUGGAAUAUUUGAUGAUUUGCUAAUUAUCAUGGACAGAUACAAAUUAAAUAUUUGCAUGAGCUCCCGGUGCCCUCUUCCCCUUUGCGCCGUGCUGACUGUUCUUCUAGGGGAUGUCGGAGGCCAGAAAACGCUACGAUCAUAUUGGAGAAACUAUUUCGAAAAGACUGAUUCCUUGAUAUGGGUAGUGGACGCGACAGAUCGCCUCAGGAUCGACGAUUGCCGUGAAGAGCUUGCUGGUCUGCUUCUCGAGGAGCGUCUAAUGGGGGCAAGUCUUCUUGUCUUUUUAAACAAGACAGAUGUUGAGGGCUGCAUGACCGUGAAUGAGAUUCGUGAGCUGGACGCGAUCAAGACACACAAGUGGACAAUUCUCCCAUGCAGUGCAAUGACAGGAAAGAAUCUGAACGAGGGUCUGGAAUGGGUUGUACAAGAUGCAAAGGACAGGCUCUUUCUAUAUUGA